CUGUGGGGCUCCUGGUCCCCCUGCAGACGCCAGCCGGGGCUCUGCCCCCCCCCCCCGGUGUUGGGGGGGGCGGCAGGAGGCCCCCCCGGGCGAGCCAUGGAGGAGCCCCGCGCGGGCCGGCCGGCGGCCCAGGCCUGCACGGAGGGCGCUGCCCGCUUCCUGAGCAGCCUCGCGUACGUGUCCAUGCAGCUGGAGACCCUGGAGCAGGAGCUGCGUGAGCGCAUGGAGUUCAGAGCACACCCCAUGGAGAGGAGGAUCCACAUGGUGAAGCACGGAGAGGAGCUGGUCGUCAGCAAGACCCUCUGGGAAGGACAGACAGAGACGCUGUCGGAGCGCUUCUGCCACAGCCUGGCCACGCUGCGGGGGCUGCUGGCGGAGGGCGCCAGCCUGCUGGCGCUGCGGGUGCUGGCCCGCCGGCGCGCCGUGCCCCCCUGCCUCGCCUUCCCCACCUUCGACGCCGACGGCCACCUCUGCGCCUCCAGCUACCGCGCCCUGGGCGUCCAGCAGCAGCCGGUGGGCUCGGAGGAGGCGGAGGUGUUCGUGGUGGAGCGGGCCGUGCACUCUGAGGCGGGCAUCCCCGCCGCCUGGCACCUCAGCUUCCUCCGGGACGGGCACUUGGCCCGGCGGGUGCAAGUGGGCUGCCCGGUGGUGCUGCUCCUGCAGCGUAUGCCCGUCCACAUCGAGACAGCCUUGCCUUUCUGUCCCCCCCCCCCAGAUGAGGUCGAGCCCCAGCCCGUCUUCCCAAAAGAGCCCCUGGCCUGGGAGGCGGAUGCCCAGCUCUACUCGUGCUUCUUGGACAGGAAGGAGGAGCUGCAGGCGUCCCACGCCACCUUCGUGCGGCGGCACCCCGAGCUCGGCGCGCUGCUGGCCGACUUCCUCCAGGCCCUGCUGCUCCGGCGGCCCCCCGACCCCGUCGCCUUCGCCGCCGACUUCUUCGCCCCCUUCGCCCGCCGGCGGCCCCCCGGCGCCCGCUUCGCUGCCUCCAGCGCCGCCAGCCCCUUUGGCGCCUCCGACCCCUGCGGCGUCCCGGCUUGCGGGGAAUAAAGCCAUCGGCAGUU